AUGCCGCACAAGGCCACCAGCGACAGGGGCCAGCCCCCCCCCGGCAGCAUGCUCGAGCUCAGGGCUCUGGCUGCAGAGCAUGUCGACAAGUUUGCCAAGGAAGGGAGGCAGGCCGUCAAGGACCCGUUUUUCAAGCAAUCCCCCGGGCUGGUCAAGAGACUUGCUGCAGAGGCGCGGAAUGACGCCAAGCGGCGGCGAUUCGCAGACGAGGACGGUCCGGACGAAGAGCAGCGGCGUGAGAUCCUCAAGGCCAAGGCCAGAAAGUAUGAACAGAUCCAAAGAGGUGAUUACUCUGGCUUGAGCAAGAAGGAAAUUGAAGAGGCAGUCAUUGAUUUUGAAAGAAAGCUUGAAGACGACUCGGACUAUUCUUCAGACGAAGACGAAUCUGCUCGGCCAACUCGUGCUCACUGGUCCGAUGAAGGUGACUCUGACGGUGACGACCUCGCACAAGUUGAAUAUCUCGACGAGCUUGGACGGACCAGGGUUGGAACUCGCAGGGAAGCAAAGGAGGCUGAGCGACAAAGCCGCAAGGAGCGCGGUGGCCCGAAAGAGCUGAUAGAAAGCGGAGCGGAAGGGUCGGCUUAUGCUCAAGUCCAACAAUCCGAGGUGAUCCACGGUGAACAGCACGUGUUCCCUGUCUACCAGCCAGAUCCAGAAGCUAUCAAAGCAAAGUAUCGGCAAGCCGAGGAAGAAGCUCGUGCUCAUCAUUACGAUUCAAACAAAGAAGUAAGAGUGAAAGGUGCCGGUGCAUAUCAAUUCUCUCUCGACGAAGACCUGCGCGCCCAACAACAAGCUGCCUUGAAGGCCUCUCGUCAAGAAACCGAGCAGGCUCGAGCCAAAGCAUCUCAGAGAGGCGGCUUGACUGCAGCGCAGGAAGCGAGAAAGAGAAAGAUGGAUGAAAGAAAGGCAAUGAUUAAUGCCAAGAGGGCGAAAUUGCUGGGCGGAGAGGAAGAGGUGGAACGGCUUCGAAAGGAGAAGAAGGCCAAGGAAGCGGACGAAUUCUUGAAGGGUCUGGAAAUGGAAUUGAAGUGA